AUGAAUACAUCUCCAUCCCAAACUGUUGUCAUUUUUGCAUGGUUGCUAUGUGGAAUCAUGUUCAACACUGGCUUGUGCAGCUUCACUAUUCGUUGCAAGCAACAAGACAUGCAUGCUCUCUUAAACUUCAAGCAAGGAGUCAAAGAUCCAUCUGGUCUUCUUUCUUCAUGGUCAACUGAACUAGAUUGUUGUGAAUGGAGAGGAGUCAACUGUAACAACAUCACAAGUAGAGUUACUGACCUCAGUCUCCCAUGUUCUACAACUCUUCCAUCUUACCUUGACAGAGAAGAUAAAUCACAUUGCCUUACAGGUUCCAUUCACCUAUCCUUGUUGUUAAUGGAGUUGGAAUUUCUAGAUUCCUUGAAUUUGAGAAAUAAUGACUUCUUUGCCAUACAAUUUGAUUAUAUGCAUAAUCAUAAUUGUCAUAACCUAUCUGCAACUACUCCUCAUCACUGUGUUAACUCUUCAACUCUUCGUCAUCUUGAUUUAUCAUUGAAUACAAAACUUGUCCUUAAUAGCCUUCAAUGGCUUCCCUCCAUUUCCUCCUUGGAAUAUCUCAACCUUCGUUACAUUGAUCUUAGCAAGGAAACUAAUUGGCUUCAAUUGGUGACUAUGCUUCCAUCACUUUCAUAUCUUAAUAUGCGUUCUUGUCAGCUGGAAGACUUGAGUUUGUCUACUCAAUAUGCUAAUUUCACUGCUCUCAAAGUUCUUCGUCUUUCCGCAAAUGAAUUUAACUCAGAAUUACCUAAGUGGCUAUUCAAUCUUAGUUCCAAUAUCUAUUCUUUAGACCUUAGUUCAAGUUCUUUGAUAGGACAUCUACCUAAGGCUUUGUUAAAUCUUCGAGAGCUGGAAGACUUGGUCUUGGAAGACAAUAACUUCGAUGGACCCAUUCCAGAUUGGUUAGGUGAAUUUGAACACCUGCAAGUUCUUAUUAUUGGAGUAAAUAUGUUUUCUGGAUUUAUCCCCACAAAUUUGGGAAACAUAUCAACCUUAACUAACUUGGAUGUGGCCUCAAAUCCAUUGACAGGAGUUGUGUCGGAGAGAAAUCUAGCCAAAUUGUCAAAAUUAAAAGUUCUUUAUAUAUACUCGUAUUCAGCGUUAAUCUUUGAUUUUGACUCCCAUUGGAUUCCACCUUUUCAACUUGAAGAAUUAGUUAUCGGAUUUGCAAACCCUAACCUUCCCACAUGGUUAUAUACACAAAAAUCUAUUGAAAGUUUAACUAUUUCUGGAUCAUCUUUUGAGGUCCAAGACAAAUUUUGGAAUUAUGUAUCGAGGAUGAGUGAACUUGAAUUAGAAGGUAAUUCAAUAUAUGGGAAUAUUUCAAAUGUGUUGUUGAACUCUACAUUCAUUGAUCUAUCAUCAAAUGGUCUGAAGGGUUGUUUGCCUCGAUUAUCAGCAAAUGUGGCUAUUGCGGCGUUGUCAAAUAAUUCAUUAACAGGAGACUUGUCUCCCCUCUUAUGUGAUCAUAAGAUGUUGAAUGGGAAAAACAAUUUGGUUUUCUUGGACAUAUCACAAAACCAAUUAUCUGGAGGGCUUACAAGUUGUUGGAAGAAUUGGAAAUCUUUGGUGGCUAUUCACUUGGGAAGCAAUAAUCUGGAAGGAAAGAUACCUCCAUCCAUGGGUUUGUUACCUAAUCUUACCUCACUCCAUCUGCAUGAGAAUAAUCUACAUGGAGAAAUUCCUUCCUCAUUGCAAAAUUGUCGCUCUUUAUUGGUCUUCAAUGUUCGCAAUAAUCAUUUUUCAGGGAACAUUCCAAACUGGAUAUCACACAAUGUAAUGGCUCUCCAACUAAGUAACAAUUUGUCUGGAACAAUACCUCCCCAAAUGUUUAGACUCACUGGAUUGUCGUCCUUGAACUUGUCCCACAAUAAAUUAGCAGGGAAAAUACCAAAUGAGAUCGGAAACAUGAAAAACUUGGAGUCUCUUGAUUUUUCAACAAACCAACUUGAGGGUGAAAUUCCUGAGAGCUUAUCCAGUUUGUCCUUUUUGGGUUCCUUAAACCUGUCAUUCAACAAUUUGACAGGCAAAAUACCAUCAGGCACACAACUUCAGGGGUUUACUGCACUGAGUUAUAUGGGAAAUCGUGAUCUUUGUGGACCUCCACUUACCGAAUUGUGCUUUCAGGAUGAUAAACAUAAAGACACAAAACUUGUAGAUGAAGACGGACACCGAUCUGAAUUUUGGCCAUGGUUUUACAUUGGAAUAGAAUCUGGAUUUGUGACGGGCUUUUUGGGAGUUUGUUGUGGCAUUUUCUUAAGCAGAAGAUUGAGGCACGCUUACUUCAAGAUUGUUUCUGACUUGAGAGAUCGACUUUAUCUGAUGAUAGUCAUCAACAUAAAUCCCUUCCGUAAAGAUGCAGAGCAAUACUGGCAUUUCUCAUUAUUCAAAAGGACUAAUUAA